AUAAAAUCGAUAUGUACACAGAGACUGAAUGAGUGACAGAACUGUUCUUCUUAUUGGUAUACAUGGUUUCCAAUAUUACGAGUCAGUAAACCAGUCACUGGCAUUAACAUUUCGUUUUUAAAUUUGAAUUUGUUUUUUUUUUCGUUUCAAAUUUCUCCUUCAUACUUUUUUUCGUGUAUUAAAUGAGUUUGGAAAAUGUGCAACCAAAAAAUUCGUUUGUUCAACACAAAAUUUUGAAUUGACAAUCGAAGUGUAUAAAACGCCAACAUUUACAGUGAAGCGCUCAACUUGUACGAGAGUAUGUUUAUAAUUCUUCAAACAAAACCAUCCAAUCGGUAUGAAAAGACGGUAAAACUGCGAACAAAUGGUUGAUAUAAAAGAUACUUCAAUUCUGUCGACGGGAUUUAGUGAAAAAAUUGAAUCAGUCUCUGACGUGUCUGACAACAAUUACAUCGAUGAUGAUCCAAUGGAUAAUUUAGCUUAUUCAGACAGUGAAUCUACUUCAAUUGCAAUGCCCGACGAGGAUUUUUGUGAUGCACUCGACCAAAUGGCUGAUGUAAAUUCGGCGUCAAAAGAAAGUGUUCAAAUUGUUGAGAGUCCGACUACGCCUGCAGAGCCAAACGAAAUAUCAACCAAGGAGGAAAAAAUAAAAGAAAAUGCUGAGAUUGCGAGUGACAAGUCGAUUGAGAAUGCUGAAAGUGUUUCAAAAUUGGAAACGUGCGAAAAAUCGUGUGAAAAUGAUGUUGCUGAAAAAUCGCCAGCAACAGUGGAAACAUUGAAUGGGACCAGCGAAGAUGAGCCAGCUCUCGGUAAAAUCAACAGUGGUGAGCCAGAGAACAAAAGUGUUGAUCCAAUCGAAGUGAAACCGGUCAAUGAAAAAAUAGCCGAGACAAAUGACACCGUCGAAGGUGAAAACACCGAUUCAAAUCAGUUGGAGUUGUGCAAUGGUGAUCUCCAAGAAGCAAUGCUAGACAACACGAGUAACAUUGAUGUGCCUACUCCCAAUGAAGACGCGGACGGCGUCGAAGGUGAUUUUGAUUUUGAUCAAAUAUACGACGAUCUGCAGGAGAAAAACAAGUCUGGUGAAUGUAACGGACAAAUUGAUUUGAAAUCACCGCCAGAUAAUGAAUCGAAAGCAACGUCCGAUGAAAAGAUGGAAAUAGAGGAAACAGAGGAAACAAAGAAACCGACUGAAACGAGCACUGCCAAUUGCGUUAAUGAUAUCGAUGAAGAUGCACUGUUGAAAUCGCCGACUAUGCAAGAAAAAGGUGAUGAAGACUCGGAUCUGGCAAAAUAUUCGGAAUCUGUACUUUUGAAAGAGGAUAGUAAAGAGGAAAUCGCAUCCGCCGAAAUCGAAGAAAGUAUUACAAUUCUGGAUUCAACCGAUGAGCUAAUGGACACAUCGGAUAUUGAAAAAGCCGCCGGCGACGGUGAAAGUGGAGUGAAAGAGAAUAAAAGUGAAGAUGCACCAAAUGAAAAUGAGCAAUCAAUGGAUGCAUUCGAUCAACUCAAAGUGUUAGACACUGUCAAUGGAACGAGUUCAAAUGAAGCGGCGGAUCAAGUAGGCGAUGCGCUUGAAAAUGUGAUCGAAAAAAGUACAAAUGAAACGGUGCAUUCGGACAAUGACAACCAAGACAGCGUUAAACCGACUGAAACUACUGAUUCACCAACGCUGGUAGCUGAAGGUAGCAGUGAUUCGCUGGAGAAUAAAGAGAGCAAAGAGAAUAAUUUGCUUGAGGCAAUGCCAGGCUCACCAGUUAGUGCAGACAAUGGUGAAUCUUCGUCGUCAUUAAUUCGCGACGAUGACUCGGCAAACGAAAAUGAAUUUUGCGAUGAUGAAGUCAUCGAUUUAAAAGACGAAAACUCGACAGACGCUAGAGAUGGUUUCAGUGACGAUAAAAAUGCCGAAGAACCAAGUGUAUCAAAUGCCAGCAAAACUGGAUCGAAUGAUGUUAGCCAAUCGAAUGAGAAUUCAGUGAUAUUGACAGAUCAAAUGGAUUCAAUCGAAAGUAAACCAGAAGUGGUGAAGGAAGUGAAUGACAAAUCGAAUGAAAGUUUGGUUGCCAUCAGUUUGGAUGACGAUGAUGACUUGGUGAUUGAAGAAUCGACGUCGGAAACGAAUAAAACAUCGACCGAAGAUGAUCAACCGCCAGCUAAACGUGCGCGCUUGGAAAUUACAGAAUUUGAAGAAUCCUUCAGCAAAUCGUUUGAAAAUGAAAAACCAACGUGUGAAGAGAAGGUCGGCGAUGGUGGUGAUGUAGCUGAAGCAGAGAAAACGGAGAAAUCAGAGAGUGAUAAACCAGAGAAAACAGACGUCGAAGAAGAUGAUGAUAUUGUAAUCAUUGAAUCAAACGAAGCGAAAGCAUCGAGUCCCAGUGUUAAUUCGAAUAAAAGACCUGCUAGUCCAGAACCGAUCGAUAUCGGGGAUGAUUCACGCAAAAAGCAUAAAUUUGAUGUUUUGGAAGUGAUUCCCACGCUCAAGGAACCUAAAAUUAAAGAAACCGAUGACGAGCCACUCGAAAAACCCAAAUCUGACACUUCGGAAGUAAUUCCGCAGGCCGAGGAAACUAAAAUUGAAGAAACUAUAAAAUCCGGCGAAGACAUCAAAAAACCGAUCGAUGAAAAGCGCGAUGACGUUAAGCCAACAAUAGAAACGAAAAUCGAACUAAAACCGAAGCCCGAAGAGAGUGUCAAGCGAACAAUUGCAUUGGAUUUCGCAGAAAAAUUCAAAAAAGGACUCAAUCAAAUGAGCCGCAAAAAUCUCGAGGAAUUUGUUUUGGAGAAAAUUAUCGAAGCCAUCGUUCACAAAUCCGAUUACAGCGAACUGAAACAAAAAUCAGAAGCACAGGAGAAAAUGAUUCAGGCGUCACGCACAAAACUGCAAGAAAUCAGCAAGCAAUAUCGUGAUUUGGAAAUGGUUUAUGCACGGCUCAAGAAAGAUCUCGAGAGUAAGAAUCAAAAUAUUGUAACGCCGAUUAAAAUAACACGGGCGGUGGGUCUGCAGGUGUGUCUUCAAAAGGCAUCCAACAAAGAAGCGUCGACUGCACCGGCAGCACCAUCGAAAACGGUGCAAAAAAACUUUGUUACUACUUCCCAUAUCGUUACCCGACCAGCUACCGUUGUCACAUCAGCUCAGCCCAAGAUUACACCGGUUCAAAAGCAAAUAACACAAGUCCUACGGCCACCCGUAAGAACGAUAGCAGCAAGGCAAGUUACGCCAGAACAACGUGUUGUCACAACAGUACAACGAAGGAUAAUUCAACCAAGCAACGUUCAACCACAUAUCGUUCAAGUUUCGCCUCAACGAAAAAUCGUACCAGUAUCAAGCAACCGUGUGACGAUCAUUCCAGCUCAAGACCAGAAUCAGCGUGCACCGCAGAUGAUCGUAAAGAAAAUCAAUCCAAACGGCCGCAUCGUUGUUGUCAAUCAAAAUGUUGCCUCAACAACACAACCAAUUGCAACAAUCAACAAAGUUUCGCCAAAUGUUGUGACAACAACAGCAAACCAACGGGGUGGACCGAGUGGUUUCAUUCAAGUGCGUCAGAAUUUGAUGGCAAACAACAGUGGUUGUAUCGAUCUAACGGAUGAAGAUGAUCCAAAGCCACAACAGAGACAACAAGGCAAUCCACCAGCUUUAGUUGCACUCAAUUCGCGGGGUCGACAACAAAUCGUUCAUACACAACCAGUUCAGCGGCAAUUGGUUGCGACUCAGCAAACCAUUCGAAAUGCGGCCGUUGUGGCUCAAAGUCGAAAACUGCCAGUGUUAGCACCAAAAGCAAAUGCAAGUGCCCCAGUGGUUCAACAGUCAUCAGUGACCAUAAAUAGAGUUGCCGCAGCACCGAGUCCUACUCAAAAUCAAGUACAAGCACAAGCACAAGCACAACAACAGCAGCAAGCGCAACAACAACUGCAGCGCAAACAGCCCCCUGCAAGACAUCGCCAUCCGGCUCCACUGCCAUAUCCCUACAAUCCACCCGGUGAUCCGAACUGGAAACGAAUUCCACCGCGGCCGAUCAUUCGCAUCAACAACAAUUCGUCUGGCAUCGUCAUUUCAUGGAAUAUGGAACAGACCAAGGACCAUGCUGAAAUAGUUAGCUAUCAAAUUUAUGCGUAUCAAGAGACUUCAAAUCCGCCAUCAACCGACACAUGGCGGCAUGUGGGUGAUGUAAAAGCGAUGCUGUUGCCAAUGGCCGUAACACUCACACAAUUUCAAGAGGGCCAAAAGUAUCAUUUCGCUGUACGUGCCGUUGAUGAGCAUGGUCGAUCUGGAUUAUUCAGCGUCCCACGGACAUACUAAACACAAUCCACCACACACCAAAUAGAGUUAUUAAGAAACUGUCGUAAUUUUAAUAAGUUGACACGCAAAUCAUACUUUCAUUUUUUUUAAGUGUCUCUCAUUCGUAUUUGCCAAGUAAAUGAAAAUUCAUUUUCGAAUUGAUAAAAUAAUUUAUAAUACAUUUAAUGGCUUGGAAUUGUGAUUGCAUCACUAACAUCAUUUAGAUCAGAGUAGAUAAUACCAUUGUAAAUCAUCACAAUAAGAAUAAAUGAAUUAUCAAAGUGAAAUAUGAAGAAAGAAAAAAACGAAACAUUUAUGUGUGUGUCUUGUGUCGAAUUGAGUCGAGUUGGUGGAUUAAAGCAAGAGUAAGGAGCAAUAGCAGCGCGACUAGUGUACAAAAGAAUAAGUCGUACCUAAUGGGUCGUACAAAACAAUUUGUAUUGAGUUGCACAUGAGUUUCGCUGAUAUAUUAAACGAGCAUAAAAUAUAAUUGUGCUCGGCCAAAUGAAUUUA